AUGCAGCCCUCAGUUCCGCUGCAGUUCCGCGCUGGCUUUGUCGCCUACAUAGCCCUAAGCCUGGGCAUCAUCCUUGUCUUGAUCAUAGACCCACUUAUUGAUAAGCCGGUCGGCUUGAUAAAGUUACGUCAUUUCACCCGCAAGCAGCUCAGCCAUGGUCUCAACGCGUGCUCCUGGGACUACGAGGGCUCAUGGCGGAUCGGCUUUGCCAGGGGUUCCCCCGAUCCGAUGCACCUUGAUGUUUCCCCCGAGCCGGUUAUAACUUGCGCCAACCUGGCCAACGCUACGGCCGUAAGCUUUGUGGCGGACCCCUUCCUCUUCAUCCCCGACAGAAGCAUCGCGCCGCUGACAGCUGCCAUCCUUCUAGCAAACAGCACCUUCGGCAAUGGAGCAAAGCGAGGUGACGACGCCGGUGGAGGAGGCGAUGGCCUUCCUUGGUUCGCCUUUUACGAGAUGAAGAACUUGGCGCGUUACAUCGGCGAGCUCGGCGUAGCGGUGUCGUACGACGAUGGCGCCACAUGGCUUCACCUCGGCACUGCACUGGCAGAGUCCUUCCACCUGUCCUUCCCGCUCGUCCUGUACGACAGUACGACUGAGCAGUACCUAAUGUUCCCGGAGACGUCCGCUGCUCGGGAUGGCGCAGUACGUGUGUACGGGACUUCGCAGGAGACCUUCCCGUUCGGUUGGCAGUUGCUGUCAAGCCGGCAGUUGGAUGAUCCAGGAUGGGCCGCGACGCGACGCUGGUUUCAAUUUGGUGCCCCCGCCAAGUACGUGGAUACGGCACCGGUGUGGUUUCGGAGCCGCUGGUGGAUCUUCACGACCCGUGUCGGGAGCCCGCCCGCCCGUCAACCCAAAUACACGUUGCUGUUGUACACUGCCGAUGAGCUGCUUGGCGAAUGGCGGGCGCAUCCAAGCAAUCUGGCAGGCGCUGCUUCGCUGAAGGCGAAUGGCGGGCGCGUGCCGUACGGCAUCGACGCUGACCCGCGGUAUGCGCGCAAUGGCGGGCGGCCGUUCGUACUGGGUGAUGCGCUGUACCGCUGGUCGCAGGAUUGCAGUCGGUAUUACGGCGAGGCGCUAGUGCUGCUGCGCGCUGACGUGGCGAAUGAGUCGUCGUACGUCGAACGUGUCGUAACGCGGUACGAGCCCCGUCGCGAUGGUGUGUCUUGGAACGCGGAGAGGGUCCACCACGCGGAUCUCCAGCUGCUGCCCGACGGCACCUGGGGUGGAUUUGUGGAUGGCGACAGGUACGCCGACGGCAUGGCAUUUUUUAUUGAGCGGGAGCAAUGGUUUCUAGAGCUUAAGGCGCUACUGCUGCGCCUUGCAAUGCUACAGCUGUUCCUAGUGGUGGUGGCUGUAGCAAUGAUGUAUGCCGGUUACUGGGAGGCGAUUGAGCGUAUCGGACCAUCAGGCGGAGGCGUUGCCGUCGUCGCCGCUAUUUCCCUCCCUACACAAAAGAUCAAGCAGGGAAUGGCCGCCCUAGAUCCUGCUGUUCUGGAGCGCGAGCUGGAAGCUUUAAGGCGACAGCGGUAUGAGGCCAGCCAGCGAGUCCAAGCAUCCCGUCAGCCGUUAUCAGGAACGGCAACCCAAGCACGAAAUGCUUCUGGCGAUGCCGCGCUGGUGCCAUCUCGGCCGGCGCUGGGAAGCGGCCGAUUCGGUCCGGAGCGGGGCUUCAGCGGUCCGCCGCCUCUGCGUGGCGGUGUCGCUGAUGGCCCGCGCGCAGCGAGCACCCUCCGUGAAGGUCCCCUCUCAGGCCGCCUGGGCUCCGGACCCUCCCCACGCGGACUGCCCGGCGGAGCCGGGCCCCACGAUGGCCCAUCGAGGGGCAGCCUCCGCUUCCACGGAGGUUCCGGCCCCAGCAGCGGCGGUGGCGGCCGCGGCUUCCGUGACCACGAAGAUGCCGCUGCCGUGGCCGUGGCCGCACCGCCGCCGCGGCGCAGGGCAGUGCUUUCCGUUGUCGUCAGCGACCACGCACCACAGCAGCAACAGCAGCACGAGGCGGCUCACGCCGACAAAACGGGCCAGCCGGACAGCCGACGAGAGAAUGUGCCAGGAAGGGGGGAUGCGGACCGAGACCGUGAUUAUCAUCACGGACAUCAUCGGGCCCGGGACGGUGACAGCGACCGAGACUUGAGCCGCGGCCGGCGGCUAGGACCCGCCCUUGUUGGAGAUGAUGAUCGUGAUCUGGGUCGAUCCCGGGACCGCGGCUGGGGCUGGGACGAGGACCGCCGUCGCCGAGAGUACGGCAAUCAAGAUGACGGACACGAGCAUGGUUACGGCGGCGCAGGUGGUCGCGGCACGAAGCGUCCUGCACCGGCGGCAGCAGCCGACGCUGACGGCGCGGGUGCCGGCAGCGCUGCCGCCGGCGCCGCCGCCGCGGCGGUGGUGGUUGAGGACCCCGAUAGCCGCAAACGGGCUCGCAGGCUGCUGGGUCGCACGCUGUUGGGUACCUUGCAAAGAUUCCGACAGGAAGAUGCUGCGUUUCAGGCUUCUGAUGCCGCGGCUCGGCGCGCUGAGCUGGCCCGGAAGGCCGAGGAGAAGGCGGCUGCGGAGGCGGAGCGGCUGCGGCGCCAGGCAGCGGAGGAGCGGGCCCGCAAGCGACAGGAGGAGCUGGAUGCGUUGAUGGAUCUCAACCUGGCUACCGACAUCAAGGUUUUGGAGCUGUUGUACGCUAAGAAGUUGGCCAGGCGCCGCGCACUGGCGGCCUUCCUCCGUGCCGACGGCGUUCCUGCAAGUGACGGCAACGGUAACGGUUACGGCAACGGUAACGGCGGCGCUGGCAAAACAUUUCCUCAGCAGUACCAGCCGCAGGCGGUGUACUGGUUGCCUGUGUCUCACUGCCCGUCGACUUUGGCGCUGAAGGAGCGUCAAGAGCAGGAGCUUAAGGACUGGGAGGAGGCAGUGUUGGCUGAAUUGGAGUUAGAGAAGGACGGACUGAGGUUGCGGUCGAAAGCUCGGCGGCAGGGCAUUGCGGAGCGGCGGCAGCGGGCGGCGGAGGCACGUACGACGGGCCGGGCGGGGGCGGCGGCGGCGGCGGAGGGAACCACUGUGGAGGGCCGCGAGGAUGAGGAUGUGGCUGAGGAAGACCGCGAGGCGCUGGAAGCUGUUGAGUUGGAUGCGCACCACGAAGAUGUGGAGGUGGAGGAGGAGGAGGUGGACGAGCAAGAGCACGAGGUGGAGGUGGAGGCAGCGGAGGAGCCAUCCGACGGCGGCGGCGGCACUGCAGAUGCGGCGGCAGCGGCAGCGGCGGCGGCAGAGGAGGAGGAGGAGGAGGAGGCUGUGCGCGCGGGCUCCGGGGCGAGCGCAGCGAAGGCGAAGGCGGAGGAGAACGGGAAGGAGAAGGAGAGGAAGGUGUCCAAGGGACGCGAGCUGGCGAUGGGUGAAGUGGGGGGAGGGGAGACGGCGAAGGCGGCGGUGGUGAGGGACGACUCGGACAGCGGCGCUGGUGAUGAUGAAAUGGCUUGA